AUGUCUGCAAGUGAACAGGACUCAUUUGUGCUCUCUAAUUAUGUACAGCCUACAGGGGGAAGUAAUAGAAGCCUUCUAGCGUGGCUGCCACCAACGGCGCCUCCUCCAUAUGAGACACGCUCACGCGCCUUCUCACUAGUCCCCGAGAGGGUGAGAAGAAAGCUGAGUAUGACAUUUCCUAUCUUUGAGACUCCGGAGGGAGGACGGGUCCAUGCCCCUGUUGAAUAUAAUCAGAUUAAGGAAUUAGCGGAAUCAGUUAGAAAGUAUGGAGUCACGGCCAACUUUACUCUAACACAACUCGACAGGGUGGCCAUGACAGCAUUGACAACAGCUGAUUGGCAGAUGAUUGCUAAGGCAGCCCUUGCCAGCAUGGGCCAAUACAUGGAAUGGAAAGCGCUCUGGUAUGAGGCAGCCCAAACACAGGCCAGAGCGAAUGCUACGGCCUUAAUACCUGAGCAACAAGAAUGGACUUUUGAACUCUUAACAGGACAGGGCCGCUUUGCAGCUGAUCAGUCUGCUUACCACUGGGGCGCCUAUGCUCAGGUCUCCAGCACGGCUAUUAGAGCCUGGAAGGCACUGUCCAGGAGAGGAGGGAUUGAUAAUCAACUUACAAAAAUCGUUCAGGGACCCCAGGAAAAUUUCUCAGAUUUUGUAGCUAGAAUGACAGAGGCUGCAGGACGAAUCUUUGGCGAUCCUGAACAAGCAGCACCACUAAUAGAACAGCUCGUUUUCGAGCAAGCCACCCAGGAGUGCCGAACAGCCAUAGCCCCCCGAAGAAAUAAAGGGCUACAGGAUUGGCUUAGAGUUUGCAGGGAACUUGGAGGUGCUUGGGGAAAGCCAAAAUGUGUAAAAACUGACAAUGGUCCCGCCUACACAUCUCAAAAAUUCCGUCAGUUUUGUGCUCAGAUGCAGGUUACCCACCUGACGGGCCUGCCCUACAACCCUCAAGGACAGGGAAUCAUAGAGCGUGCUCAUCGGACGCUCAAAUCAUAUUUAAUAAAACAAAGAAGGGGAAUUAUGAUAGAACUCCCCCCAACAUCCCAAGUGGCCACUGCUCUGGCCCUUUUUACCUUAAAUUUUUUAAAUCUUGAUGAAGCUGGACAAACAGCGGCUGAG